AUAUCUAUUGCAGUUGGCGAAAUACAUUUUAAUGAUAUGAAUCUCGAAAAAUCGUGGUCGUACAUCCGUCCUUGGAAAGCAUAUCUGCAAAGCAAACUGGCCAAUAUACUAUUUACGAAGGAACUUGCACAUCGAUUGAAAAAUGCGAACAUUAGCGGAAUAAAUACAUACUCUUUACAUCCUGGUAUCAUAAAAACCGAAUUGGGUCGAAGCUUUAAUAGCACGAUAAUUCCGGGUUCAAAAUUAUUCUAUCAAUAUGUUAUGUACCCAUUCAUCAAAUCUCCUAAACAAGGAGCUCAAACAACGAUACACUGUGCGGUUGAUGAAAAAGUGGCUAAUGAGACUGGUCUCUAUUAUUCAGAAUGCCAAGUUACCAGACCGAGUUGUAGUGCAACCGAUGACCAAGUAGCUAAAGAUUUAUGGAAUCACACUUGUCAGCUUCUGGAUUUAGAACUUAAUGAAAACUUUUCUGUAUUUUUGGAAAAUGUCUCGCACCAAUUUGAUAAGGUGGACACAUCUUUGAAUCGUGGGUAACACACAUGAUUUUCUGUAUUUGACACAUUUUUAUGUUUAUAUGCACAAAAUCCGUAGAAAUAUAAAGAAUGUUGAUGGAAUAUACGGUGUCUGUACACAUACAUAUAUGAAUUUGAUGUAUAAAAGUAUUCUUAAUAAGUUUCAACAAAAUAAAUGGUAAAAUUAAUGUAAUAUGUUACAUCUCUUUUGAGAUGCUUGCAAUGGCACAGUUAAAAAGAAGAAAAUAAUAACAGUCAUAAAACACUUUAAACAUUAAACGUCUGAAACAAUUAUGUAUGAUGUAUUGUACAGGGU